AUGCCGGUCGCCAGUACUUAUCCGUUUGAUUUGAAGGUUUAUUUUCAUAUACUAUUUAGUUUUCGUUUCUGAGAUUUUUAAAGGCGCUAGGAAAAGUUCAAGAAGGUCUUUAGAGCGUUUAAGGUAGUCUUAAAAAAUUUUUAAAAAAAUUUUGCUCCUUAUCUGCUUAGAAAAAGUUCACUAAGGAGUCUUGAAAAGACUUUAAUCAAAUAAUUACGAGAUUUGAGGAAGAAAUACGUGUCCCACUGGACGAAAAUGCUCUCAAAAAUCUUGUCGACCAUGAAAUCGCCCGGCAAAAAAACUUCAAGAAGUCGUUUAUCAACUGAGGGAUUAUAAGAAGAGGCAGUAUAAGAGAGGUUUGAAAUUUUAAAGUUUAAAAAUAGUUAGCUCAAUAUUUUUAGGGGUAAAACCACUUGUCGAAAAAUGUCAAUUACGAAUGACUAUUCAUACCAGUUUAGACGAUUUUUGCCAUGUUUCGAAACCUUCUCGCUUAACUUACUAUGUUUCAAGGUACCACCGCGCGCAAGUAGCUUUCGGUCGGUUACACUGAAAACUUCCGGGUUGACCCAUUUUCUAGAAGAACAUGAUAAAAUUUUGAAUACAUACUAUAGCUGGUUCACGGCUGGCUGAAGCUAUCCAAAAAGGGUCCUGACACGAUAAUAAAAGAAAUAGUGUCUGGUUUUUGGAGAGCGCAGACAGGCCACGCCUCCUCAGCCUUCCAAGUUAGCCGUGAAUGGGUUAUAGCAAAAAAUUACCUUGUCUAUAUUUACCUUUUUCAUUUCCUGAACAAAAAAGUCCAAACGGUAGAUGAUCAUUCUAAUUGUUUCAGCUCUAAUCAAGUUAAUAGCGGCGAUGAUUGUCUGUUUGACGAUUUUCGUUAUAUCUAUAACGAUUAUCGGCUGUUGGGCAGAGCAUUUGGAACUCGUCGAGCACCUCGCUUUCUAUGAUCAACGAUAUGCUUUCAAGGUUUUUUUCAUAUUUUUUUAUGCCCAAAAAAAGGUUUUUUUCAAAAAAAGAAACGGUUUGAAACUCUUUAUAUUAGUUUGAAUCUUCAAAAAAAGAUAUUGAACUUUUCGAGAAGUUAAAAUUUUUCAAUGAACAUUAUAAUGUACAGAGAGGGACAGAGAGAUCAAAGAAAUUGAGUUUUUUCAAUCAAUCAAUCAAUAUAUUUCAUUUCCCACACACAAGUGCUAAAAUCGAUGUAGGGAAAGUUUAGGGAAAUUAUAUAUUUUUGAAAGGAAAACGCGUUUUUUUUUUCUAAUUGAACAAGCUUCUCUCAUUAGUUACCUAUUUUAUUCAAAUUUUGGUCACAUCUGGAAUGGGUCGCAGCGUCGCGGUCGCGUUGCGGUUUUAAAAAUGGUCUCGAAAAUAUUUUAAAUUGGGUGCUCUUUGAAAUCGACGAAUUUUCAUAUUUUCCAGCAAGGAAAUUUCAAUUUAACCAUCGAUGGUCCUGACUGUCCAAUUAUUCGAUGGCUACCCGAUUGGCGACCGGAAAGUUCAUAUAUUGAUUUUGCCGGAAAGAUUGUUGGUAUCAUCGCGACAAGGAAGCUUUUGCAGGUAGGAAAAAGUGAACUGGAAUUGGUCGAAUUUUAAAGGCGCAUAGUCGGCCCUGGAGAGGAUAUCAUGAAGGGGGGAUGGAACGCUGUCUUGGCUCACGGCGUAAACCGUUUCAGGUCGGACGCAUUUCUAGGCGAUUGUUUUACAGCUAGCAAAACUUGAAGUUUUUCUGGAUCUGGCUACGUUUCAGGAGAAAGUCUUUUUCCUUUCCCAAAAACCUCGAAAAAUCCCAGUUUUUUACAGCUCCUUCUGCGAACUAUCAAAUGUGUGAAGCUGAAGAACACGACGGAAACUGACGCCGUCAAACACGUCGAUGAAACGGAGAACAGUCUGAAAGGAUGGACCGAAUCUGUGUUUGAACUAUUGCUCGAAAUAUAAUGAAACCUGCUUUUUUGGACUUCUUUUAUGGUUUUUAAGAGGAAAAGCAAAAAUUGGAUUUCGUUGUGAUUUCGUUAUACCCACUUCUAGCAAACCGUAAUCCGUGAAAUUUACAUUAAAUAUAUUAUAUUCGCUUCAACUCGAAAGCUCAUGGUCGCGAAUAAGAUGGGUCGAAACUUGAAACAGCUGCCGACCCAAAACGACUUGCGCUCGGAUGCAUCAGGAAUUCCUUCUCACCUAAUUCCAACGCAUCCACGUGGGAACGUGAACUUCAGAAAUCGAAAAAGAAUAUUACAUAUAAAAAAAGCGUUUCGCCGUGAAUCCGACGCCAUUUUCUGUUUUGUGAGACCAGGCAGCUCAACGUUUUCACGAAAGGUUUGUAUAGUCCAAUCUCCGAUAUUUUCAAAAGGGGUCCUAAGCGACGAAAUAGCAAGCAAAAUGUAGAGGUCUAGUCGCCUGUUUCGACAGUAAAGGGACAACGAAAUUUCGAAAAAUGAGAAUAAAUUGAUCGAUUUCAGUUGUAUGUCUAAAUCAACCCAAUCAAGAGUAAGGCAGCCGCGGUCAAAAGGUGGGUAAACUCGCCAAGGACUACUUGGAGAGGACACUAAAGUGGCCACUAAACCCACCUCUAUAGUGGCCACUAUUUUCCGUUUUAGUGGCCACUUCAGUAGUUUUUCAUCCAGUAUUCCUUCCCGUAACUCUGAUAAUUUUAAAACAAACAGAUUUGACCAGUUAUGUUGAUCCAUUGACCCCUAAAGUGGCCAGUAAAAUUUUUGUGGUCUAGGAGUAGCACUUAGACCUCUAUAGUGGCCACUAAUUUUUAACCCCUUAAGUGGCCACUAAUUUGACUACUAUAGUGGCCCCUAAAACGUCAAAAACCCUAAAGUGGCCACUAAAAAAUUUUAAAAAAAAAACUUUUUUUCUUUUCUUUGUUUCUGCUUACAGUGUGCAUUCUCAUUGCAUUUUUGUUUUUGAAAUCAAGUUUUUUGAUUAAGCGUCGUCGCAACCCGGGCCAAAGCCUGAAGAUGGGACCCAAGUGGAGAGACCGACUAACAAACAACCCCCUCAAAAAAUUCCAUCGAAGACGACCAGAGAUCGCGCCACCACGUCCGUCGUCGUCACUCUGCUGGAGAACAAGGAUACCGUUCGGAAUUUCGUCAAAAGCACCUGCGAGGUGUCUAUCCUUCAGCCUGACCUGUCUGCGCUUUCUUUCUCCCUCGUGGAUCUCGAAUAGUUCAUUGAAGGCAUAGGGGCAGUAAAAAACGGGGUUUCAGGUGAAAGCAGUAUCUUAUACAGUUUUUCUUUGCGAAUCGAACUGUGUACUCUGAAAAUUAAAGAUGUGACAACUUUAGAAGAAAAACGCGAUUCGCUUUCCCGCCAUUAAUUUUGAAAAAUGCUUUGGAUCGGCAUACGGACAAAUGUUUACAGUAGCCGUGCACGCGAUGUUGCGGACGUCUCAUUAGACUCGCAUUUUGUGAGAAAUAACCGGAUAUCUGCUUCAAAUUGAGGGUUUCUUCUCUGAAAAAUUGAUUAAGAAAACAGAAAACACACAUUAAUAAUAAAGAAAACACAAAUAAUCACUAUCCGAAUCGAAACCUGUGUAAAAUCAUCAUUUUUCACCAGAAAAGCAUUUUUGCGGUCAAAGUUGGCAAAUUAUACAUGAAUAGAAAGCUUUUGUGACGAAAAGAACUUUGGUGACAACAGAAAAAAUUGAAAAUUGAAAGAAAUGGAGAAAAAAGCGAAAAUCCGAGAGAUGGAGAAGCCUGUUGUCCAUAGAGCAACUUUACUGCAAAACGCCUUUUUGGCGGGAAUUCAAGCUUUCCUUUCAGUUCACCGUUCGAUUCGCAAUGAAAAACUCUACAAAUUACUGAUUUGAACUGAAAAACCGUUUUUUACUGCCCCUAUGCCUUUGAACAUCAAAACAACAUGUCAACAGAAGCACUCACAAUGGAGGUCAUUUUACUUUGCGGUUCCUGAAAAAUGGCCAGAACACUCCUUGACGUACCAGAUGAAGAUCCUGAAAGUCUCAACCUGCACAAAAUUCUAGUUUCCAAAAUGACUCUGCAAUUUCAAAGAAAACUCUCAAAAUCCAUUGAAAGGAUUUAUAUUGGGGCUUUAGACCCUUGUUUCUCAAAAACUAGGAAGUUUUGCAGGUUGAGACUUUCAGAACCUUCGUCAAGGAGUGUUCUGGCCAGUAUUCAGAAAGUUCCCAACCGGAAAAUGUAAAACGACUUUCCCCGUCAGUGAAACUAUACAAUUUCAAGUUUGGUCGUUUUUCCACGUCCUUUUAGGUUGAGCCGAAGUUUUUUGGGGCUUGAAGAGAUAAAAAAAAACCCCUAUAGGGUCCACUAAGGCUUGCAAAAGGGGCCCCUAUAGGGGACAUGAUAGUCGAUAAUUGCUAUGAGUUCUAUGCGAAGAAGCAUUUUCAUACGAAACACUGAAAAAAUUACCUUUUUUGAAUAAAAUUGUCCCUAUAGGGACCACUUACGCUUUAGGGGCUUAAGGGUCAGACUCUGAACCCCUAUAGGGACCGCCUUGAUUUUACCCCUAUAGAGACCACUUUUGCGGCGCCUGUAGGAGUUGUUUUUCUUCCUCACCCCUAGAGUGACCACUCUAAAACCCCUGGUUGGAUUUUUAGUUAGUGGCUCCUAUAGGGGACAUGAUAGUCGAUAAUUUUUAUGAACGGUAUGCGAAGAAGCAUUUCCAUACGAAAAACUGAAACUUUUCUGAAUAAAGUUGCCCCUAUAGGGAGCCCUUACGCUUUAGGGGCUAUGGGAUCAGAAUCUUAACCCCCAUAGUGACCACUUUUUUGGCGCCUGUAGUAGCUGUUUUUCUCCCUGACCCUAUAGGGACCACUCUAAAAUUCCUAACUAUCUCAAGUUUUCGCCAAUAAGCAAUAAAAUCUCAAUUUUCGAAUUGCAGCUCGGCGUUAAAGGUAUCUCCGAGGCGUUCGACAAGAUUCGUCUGGAAACGCAGCCCUGCACCAAACCAAAAACCGCCCAUGAUAGCCACACGGACAGGAAUCGCUACAAAGGUGUGGAAGUCUCGUAUUUUGCGUGAAAUAUUCCAAUUUUGCUUCCGGAUGAUUUACUAGCAUACUCUUUGGUGUACUAGAUGAAAGUCCUGGAAUCCCGAAAGAGAAAAAAAAAACACUAUCAGAACUGGUCAGAGUAUAGUCUGUUCAGAUUUUGAAGGUCAAGUCCUCAAGCUCCGCCCCCAAUUGGGGAAUAGACCAAUCAGAAAGCGAGCCAUCCACAGAGCGUUUUCGAUAGACGUCAUUGCACUUGACAUUAAAAAUCUGAGGCUUUUUGGAUUCCUCGGUUUUCUCGAAUUUUAGAAGUUUUUGGCUGAAACGCUUGGGAACUUCACACGGGAUAUCAUUCUACUUUGCGGUUAGGAAAUCCCUGAAACUUGGUCAAAACCCUUCUCAAUGUACCAGUUGAAGAUCCUAGGAGCCUUAACCUGCAUAAAAUCCUAGUUUUAAGAAAAGACACCUCAAAGUCGAAGAAAACACCAAAAAUCCGUAAAAAUAGGCCAUUUUGAGACUUUGAGCGCUCAUUUCUUAAAAACUAUCAAGUUGUGCAAUUUGAGACUUUCAGAUUCUUUUUAUGGCACAUCAAAGCUUUUUCUGGCCAAUUUUCAGGAAAUUCCCAACUGACCUCCCUUGUCAGAACCUUCAUAUGGUAUUUUGCCAUUUUUGGUCAAAUUCGCAACCGGAAAAGAAAAAUGACCUUCCCCUAGAGACGAAUGGAAAAAAAAAGACACAUUAUUUUUGAACCCACAACAAAAAUUGUACAGAAAAAUAUGAAUUUUCACGAAAGAGGAACCAAUUUUUCAAUCAUAAUAGGCAACUGAAAAAGUCAAAAAAUGGACCCCUGUAGAGGGAAAUUCGACCAGCGAAUAUAGUCUGUUCAGAUUUUCAAUGUCAAGUCCUUGCUCAAACUCCCCCCUAAUGGCGCGAUAAACCAAUCAGAGAGCGAACCAUCCACAGAGCAUUUUCGAAUGACGUCAUUGCACUUGACAUUCAAAAACUGAACGGAUUGAAUUUUUCGAAAAUUUUUCCGAUUCUGAAUCUUGAAACGACAGACGUCUACUGUAUCGACGAAACCCGCGUGAUUCUGAAGUAUCCAGAAGGGGCCAACGACUAUAUUCACGCGAAUUGGGUGAGAGGACCUGAAGGAACCAACCGCUAUAUUUGUACCCAGGUUGGUUUCGGAAAUUGUCAUUUGCGCUCUGUUGACAAAUCUCGUAAAAAAAAAUCGUACCUGAAGCACUCUUAGUGAUCCUUUUAGGGGCGUUAGUACUCUUAAGUGACUACCAGAAGUGCUCAGAAAGUCCGGUUCACGGCUAAAGGAGCGUGGCCUGUCUGUGCUCUCCAUCAGCCAGGCACUAUCUCGUGCAUUAUCGUGUCAGGACCCUUUUAUGGAUAGCUCAAGCCGUGAAUCAACUAUACCGAAGAAUAAAAAAAAGGGGUUUAUUUGAGGCCAAAUCAUCGUCAGAGACCUUUAGAAAGAUUUAGAUCAAAAAUCGUGUUAAAAAAUUAGCCCAAAGAGUUUAUAGUUUGCUCACCGCUGACUUGAAACAACUAGUGACGAUCUUUAGGCGAGGCAUAAUGCGAAAAGAAGAGGUUUAGACAUUCAUGAAAUGUUUUUUCCCUGACUCAGCAGAGGAUACACUAACCAGUAACCCGACCCUUUCAUAAAAUAAAUCAUCCAGACUUUUAUUGAUGCUCUCCGAAACUGAAGAAAGAAAAAAAUCAGAAAAUUCCUUACCAGGGACGAUCCCCAGUCUAUGAUAAAUUUUCCUUCAGACAAGAUUAAUUUUGAACGCUAAAAGUGAACGGACCGAAAUCCAGAUUGAGAAUUUCAUUUUUUCCGUCUUCUUUCUCCCGAAAACGAGACCCUUUGAUGGCUUGACCAGCUCUUACCAACAUCCAAUUUGUUCCAGGGUCCCACUGAAAAAACGAUCGAAGAUUUUUGGCGAAUGAUUUGGCAGGAAAAGCCGCCGGUCAUUUUGAUGCUUUGCAACCUUUUCGAACUCGGCCGGAAGAAGUGCGAGAUGUACUGGCCCGAGCAGGCUGAAACUCCGGUAUUUCUCCCAGAAUGACGAAGUUCUGAUUGAGUGUCUUCAGUUAUCACUGCUCAACAAUCAGCUGACGGUGAAGCUGACAACGCCGGCGGUCGAGCUGGAGAAGAGCAUCAUCCUGAUGAAGUUCACUCUGACGGACACGCAGUCGGAGAAGACCCACAUCGUUGACCACUACCAGUGGAAGGCCUGGCCUGACCGAGGCGUUCCCGAAGUGCCCAUGGCGACGUUUCGACUCCUGGCCAAGGUCCGCAAGGCGCAUCCCGUCGUUGUUCACUGUUCGGCCGGGAUCGGCCGGACCGGGACGAUUGUCGGCCUCGAAAUCGCCUACGACAAGUACAUCAAGGGAGAAAAGGUAUUAUUUUUUUCGGAUACCUGUGGACCGAAUUUCGGUGGCUGCUUCCAGAUCUUUUUAGUACUAUAUGAUCAGGUUGAAAUUCUUCCAGUCGUUUUGAAACUUUUCUUUUGAAUUUUACAUCGACUCCAAUUUUCGGUCAAGUCUUCUGAGGUCAUCUUAGAUAUAGUCUUUUUCCAAGAUCAGGAGUGGCCUCAGAGAAGUUUUAUUUGGGAUUCAGCCAUCUUGAUUUCGACCAGUGAUGUUAAGAAACUUUAAUGAAGACCGGUCCAGUUUGGAUUAAAAUUUAAGUUUUUUACUGCAUGCUGCAAAAAAUCACGGACAACUUAUAGCCAUGCUAUUUUUUAAAAUUAGGCUUGAAGUGUCACUAGAUUCAGCUGAGCUUCAAUUACUCUUCUUUUCCUUUUUUUGCGGAAAUCUGUUUGAAAGACGAGCCAAAGCAAAAAUUGAGUCAUAUUUAAGGUUGCCUGACUUUGAACCUCACUAGAAGCCCUUUUUACUGACACAGGAAGGAACUUUGUUUCAAAGAUCAUAGUCAGACUGACUUUCGAGCCUCAGCUAUCCUCAUGUUUCUUUUUGAAGUAACAUGUCUGUUUGAAAGAGGAGCCGAGAGUCAAACUAUAGUUCUCGGACUUUUAGCCCUACUAGAUGCUCUUCUCAGGGAUAUAGGUUGAAACUUUCGAGCUGUUCUGAGGUUUUGAUUCGACUAAGGUUCUUCUUACUUUUAGCCAUACUAACUUCUCCUCUUACUGAGCUAGUCAUACUGGAAAAACUCCUUAAAAGUCUUUGGAAAUUAUUUAGACGGUGAUAAGAGGAAAAGCCUGCCAGAAGCCUUCCAGAAGCCUGCUACAAAGCUUCUGGAUCUGGAAGGCUUCCGGCAGGCUUUUUUUAUCUGAGUAGAAGGUGUCAGGAAGCUAUGUGAAAGGCGUUCGACCACUUACUGGAAAGCUUCCAAACGUCUUCUGAGGAACCGAAAGCUGAAGCUUCCCAUUCUUUACCUGAGUAGUUCUUCUAGUUGAAAUAUUACUUGGAGAGCUUCCAGAAUGUCUCUAUGAGAAUUAGCCGAAUUCAUGCGACUUGGGUUUUGGAUUCAAAAAAUUCACGAAUAAAAAAAUAUCAGCCCUUUUUCAUUCCGAAGUUCCGAAUUAUUGAUAAACCUUUUUCCGCUCCAAAAGUAGCCAUUAGGCCUAAUUGGCGCAAGAACAAAUCUGCGCCAUUUAUGAGCAUACGCAAGGACAAAAUGAGAUUCGCAAAGUAAUGUAAUCGCGGAAAAAAACAUUUCAAGCUUUUUCUGAACCCAAUGAAACCAACGAAAGUCAAAAUACAUACAGCUUGUCAAAAAAUGGCCCCUUAUAGUGUAAAUUAUUCAGAAUCUUUCAUCUCAAGAAUGUUCCACUGGAAUUUUCUUUGGUUUGAAGUGACGAGAUGUGUAAAAUUACAACUUUCUCAUAUUUGAAAUUCUGGUUAAAGCUCAUUUCGAAUAUUCAUGUAGCGCAUCUUUCAUUCAGAUUAAAGUUUUGAAACUAUUUUUUUCGAAUAAAACGGAGAUCGCUAGGAAAUUUGUUUCGAUAAUAAGGAAUAUUUGAACAAGAAAAGCCCAAAGUUUUUUGUUGAAUCUUUCUGGUCGCAUGUAGAAUGGAUCAAUGCGUUGCGGUCGCGCUGCGGUUAGAGUUUACGAAAAUCUUAUACCAGCCCGCGAAAGUCGUUUUUGGUCCGGUGCACUUUUAUGAUUAUCGAUCUGCGACUGCAGUAGGAGUUUUAAAUAUCACCACAUGAACUGACAAUAUGUUCCUAGCUCCACUAAAUCUUAUACCAGCGCGCGGAAGUCGUUUUCUGGUCGGGUGCACUUUCGUGGUUUUUUUUUUUCAACCACAGUUAGAGUUUUAAAUAUCACCCAUGAGCUGAUGUUGCUGGCUCCACUAAAUCCUAUGCCAGCCCGCGAAAGUCGUUUCUGGUCGGGUGCACUUUUAGGGUUACCGCUUUGCGACCAUCUAGCCAUUAUAUUGUACUAUUGGCUUUGAAAUAUGAUCAAAACAAUUCUUCGAACAAAAAUAAAAGAUUUUUCGAUUUUUUCAAGUCUUAUUGAAUGAUAUAUAAGAAUAGCGACACUCCAAGUGGGAUAUUUGAAAUUUUGACAAGUACCGCAACGCCUUGAGCCAUUCCAAUUGCGACCAGAAGAAUUGAACAUAUUAAGAUUUUUUACAUGUUUUCCGAAAAACCUGGCACCUUUUUUCGUUGGGACAGAUUACGAUGGAGGAGAUCGUGCGCGACAUUCGCAGUCAGCGACACGGAUCCGUGCAGACGGACGCCCAGUACUUGUUCAUGCAUCGGGUCAUGCUCACGCUGGCUGAGAACAAGGAGGUUCGUGUGGUUUAUUUUCCCGAAUUAGGAAAUUGAAGAUUUUAACGUUCACCUUGAGGUUCUGGUUAAAGUUUUUAGGGCUCUGAUAUUAAAAUUUUAUAGCUCCAACUUUAAGAAACAGGAAAGUGUGCUCGAAAAAAAAAUUCAGCCUUGAAAAUUUCUCAUCAGUUUCAUUUAACAACUAGCUUUGAGUCAGAAAUCUGGUUAUAAUCAAUUUUUUAGGCUUCAGAGAUUGAAAUCUAAUUUCGGAAGGGUUUAUAUACCUUUUCCUAAUUUUCCUACAUUUUUUCUCCUCACAGACGAUGCAAGCAGAGAUCAACACGUUCAUCACCGACUACAACAAGGUGAUGGCUUCGAAGGCCGGCUGA